AUCGGCUUUCCUCCAUCUAUGGCUCCCACCGGGUUCUUCAAGCUCAAAAGGCAUACUUAUUGGAAACAAAAAUGGGGAGAAAAUGGUCCAAAAGAGCAGACAGAUGCUGUGAUCGUUGUGGGCAACGUCAGAAUACCGGUACAUAAUACGAUAAUUGCGGCCGGAAGUCGAUAUUAUCGCCAAUGGCUCGCCGUUCGUCCGCAAAAGACCGAAAUCCCAGAGAUACAACUCUCACAUAACUUGGAGAGCGGCAACGUCCACACAGCUUGGAGAGUGAUAGAGCUGCUAUACUGCCAGAGCUACACACUUAAACUUUGCCCUCUUGUGAAUCAGCCAGGUGAUUGCUUCCUUAAUGCUCCUGCAUAUACCAGUCAUGUGGGGAAGGAGACUAAUAACCGACAAGACGAUAGAGGACACCUAGAACAAAGAGCCGCUGUCUAUCAGCUGGCGGAAUACCUUGGCUUGCCGCAGAAUUUGCAGGACAUCGCGUUCGACUACUAUCGAAGAGCGAUCGAAAAGGAAUGGGAGGUUGAUGAUCUACUGAAUUCAAUAAACGUGAUACUGAAGCCGGUUCUUGAGCUAGACACUCUACAGUCUACUCAGGAGGAUGAGCUGCAGGAGAGCCGGAUUGUGGAUUUGAUGUUCUAUCAUCUUCAUAAAAGGCGGAUUUUGUUCAAGGACGACCGUCUCCUCAGCUUGCAUCUGCAAUCAUGCUCAGUAUUCCUCGACAUUUUCGUUCGUUCCUGGACAAAUUUUCGUGGUAACUGAGCGGAUACACCAAGAAUUUCCCACUAUAAUCGAUCUAGCUUUAGCUAUUACGCAAUAUAAAUGGAAUUAGACCAAGAUCAGAUUUCAUGGGUCUCUUCUAGGUAAUCGGUUCGUAUUCUAUGUGUGGUUGCAAAACCAGAGCACAAGUUGCACAGUUUUAGUACUCUGAUGAAUUUCCCACUAGGGGGCUAGUUCAAAAAUGGGUAUAGGAGCGGCUUUACAUGGUCGCCGAAGAAUUUUUUGGUAAAAGCCGCCAUACCUGAUCAUGUCUGGACUUGGGCAUUGAUUGUAAGGGAGUCUAGCGGAAGGUUUGUCGCAUCUGCAGCAGGUUCGGAACGACCAUUGAGGACAUCAUCCCACUGGAACGACAG